AUGAAAAAAGAAGGCAUCAAAUCAUAUUAUCAAGCUAAAAUAGAAGAGUGUGAACUCGUCAUGAACCAAAAGACGCAAGACUUGAGACGUUUAGAAGCACAAAGAAACGCUUUAAACGCUAAAGUUCGUCUCUUAAAAGAAGAACUUCAGUUACUACAAGAACCUGGUUCUUAUGUUGGUGAGGUUGUUAAAGUCAUGGGUAAAAAAAAAGUCUUGGUGAAGGUUCAUCCAGAAGGCAAAUUUGUAGUUGAUCUUGCUUCUGAUAUUGAGAUUGCACAACUUACACCCACCACCCGUGUUGCACUUCGUAAUGACUCUUACCAACUCCACAAAGUGUUGCCCAACAAAAUCGAUCCUUUGGUAUCUUUGAUGAUGGUUGAAAAAGUCCCUGAUUCAACUUACGAAAUGGUCGGUGGUCUUGAUCAACAAAUCAAGGAGAUUAAGGAAGUCAUUGAAUUGCCUGUCAAGCAUCCCGAGCUGUUUGAAUCUCUUGGUAUUGCUCAACCUAAAGGUGUCUUGUUGUAUGGUCCUCCAGGUACAGGUAAGACCUUGUUGGCCAGAGCUGUGGCUCAUCAUACCGACUGUCGGUUUAUUCGAGUCUCUGGUUCUGAAUUGGUACAAAAAUACAUUGGUGAAGGUAGUCGUAUGGUGCGUGAAUUGUUCGUGAUGGCUAGAGAACAUGCACCUUCAAUUAUCUUUAUGGAUGAAAUUGAUUCUAUUGGUUCAGCUCGUAUGGAAAGUGGAGGUGGAGGUGAUUCUGAAGUACAGAGAACCAUGUUGGAACUCUUGAAUCAGUUGGAUGGGUUUGAAGCAACAAAGAAUAUCAAAGUGAUCAUGGCUACAAAUCGUAUUGACAUCUUGGAUCCUGCCUUACUGCGUCCAGGUCGUAUUGAUCGUAAAAUCGAAUUCCCACCACCCUCUGAAGAAGCCCGUGCUGAUAUCCUCAAGAUUCAUUCACGCAAAAUGAACCUGACACGUGGUAUCAAUCUUCGUAAGAUUGCUGAAAAGAUGGGCGGCAGUAGUGGUGCUGAAGUCAAGGCUGUCUGUACAGAAGCUGGUAUGUUUGCUUUACGUGAACGCCGUGUUCAUGUGACUCAAGAAGACUUUGAAAUGUCUGUGGCCAAGGUGAUGAAGAAAGACUCAGAUGCAAAUACCAGUUUAAAGAAGCUUUGGAAAUAA